UGUUAUGGGGAUAUCACAGAUGUAGCAGAGCCGACAUUGCCGAUGCACAGCACACCCUCCUCACCCAUGUAGCGCUCACACACACUCCUCUCAGCUGCUCUAUUAUUCGGGUACCUUUCAUCUCAUCACGUGGAGGAUGCUGCAAGCUCCGCCCCCUCCUCCCUCCUCAGGUGGGCGUGGUAAGGAGGCCGGGCUGUGGGUGUUGUCCCUUCCUCCGCCUCUGAUUGGACAGGACGCGGCUUCUAAAUAAGGAUAUUUGCACCUUGUUGGGCGGCGUCACCGACAGAAAGGACUGGAGUGAGGCUGGCGCAGAGCGGUGCGACAAUCCCGGGGGAGGAGGAGGAGACUGAUCAUCCACAGCAGCAGCAGCAGCAUCAUCAUAGUCAUUACUACAGAGUCAUCGGCGCUGCCAGACACCUGAUCUACCCGCUGUGCCCCCUCCUGGGACUCACUGCUACCCCCUAUAGGGGCACUGCCCUCACAAAUACCCCCCAUCGGAGCCCUAUUCCUCACUACUACCCCCAUCGGAACCCUAUUCCUCACUACUACCCCCCAUCGGAGCCGUGUCCCUCACUACUACCCCCAUCGGAACCCUAUUCCUCACUACUACCCCCAUCGGAACCCUAUUCCUCACUACUACCCCCAUCGGAACCCUAUUCCUCACUACUACCCCCAUCGGAACCCUAUUCCUCACUUCUACCUUCAUAGAAUCAGAGGUUCCCUGUCCUUACCACCCCCCAGAGGGCAUCUGGAGCUGGCACUGUGGACACUUGGCAUCAUUGACAUCCAUCCCGGGAGGAGGAAUGGCGCUGGAUUUCCUGGCUGGAUGCGCAGGAGGUGCUGCCGGUGUAUUAGUUGGACACCCAUUUGAUACCGUAAAGAUGAGCCCCGUUUCGCAGAGCGUUCCCCGCCAGUAAGUAUUUCCCAGGUGCGACUGCAGGUUCAGAGUGUGUCCAAACCCCUUUAUCGAGGGACUUUUCAUUGCUUCCAGUCCAUUAUCAAACAGGAAACGGCAUGGGGACUCUACAAAGGAGUGGGAUCACCAAUGAUGGGGUUGACCUUCAUCAACGCUUUCGUUUUCGGGGUUCAGGGAAACGCCAUCAGACACCUGGGCACAGACACUCCAUUAAACCAGUUUCUGGCGGGAGCGGCGGCCGGCACCAUCCAGUGCGUAAUCUGCUGCCCGAUGGAACUGGCGAAGACCAGGAUGCAGCUUCAAGGAACCGGCGAAUACAAGUCGAAGUCCAAGACCUAUAAGAAUUCCUUAGAUUGUUUGGUAAAGAUUCACCGCAAAGAAGGACUGCGAGGGAUCAACAGGGGCAUGGUCACCACGGUCCUCCGGGAGGCCCCAAGCUUUGGCUUUUACUUCUUGACCUACGACUGUCUCAGUAGGUACCUGGGCUGUGAGAUCAAUGACAGUCUCAUCAUCCCCAAGCUGCUUUUCGCCGGAGGUAUGUCGGGGAUCGUGUCUUGGCUAUCGACUUAUCCCAUUGACGUGAUCAAGUCGCGCCUGCAGGCCGACGGCGUCGGUGGGGUCAACCAGUACAACGGCAUCCUGGACUGCGUCAGAAAGAGCUACCAACAGGAAGGCUUGAGAGCGUUUACAAGAGGCCUGACGUCCACGUUGCUCAGAGCCUUUCCGGUCAACGCCGCCACGUUUGCCACCGUCACCCUGUUCCUUAUGUACAUGAGGUCAGAAAACCCCAUAAAAGAAUGUGACGCCGGCCCGGCUCUGCAGCAACCGACCAGCAUGUAAACCUGUUACCGAGUCUCCGAACAAUCCCUAGUGUAGAGUUAUUUUUAUACGACGAGUUGUAUAAAUUGUAUGUACAUAAAUGAUCUGUAUAAGUGGUUUAUAUGCGGUAGAGACAGGCGUUCAUCUCGAUUGUAUAAUACAAUGUGGCCUUAUUUGGAUGUGAUGCGAUGCUCCCAUGGCUGCUGACAAUGUGGGGGUUAUCCUAUGGCCUAGGCAUCCUACCUGCGCCCCUCCAGCUGUGGCAAAACUACAACUCCCAGCAUGCCCGGACAGCCGUUGGCUGUCCGGGCAUGCUGGGAGUUGUAGUUUUGCCACAGCUGGAGGGGCGCAGGUUGGACGCCUAGGCCCUAUGGGAUCUGCUGUACUAAUAUUGAUGGGGAAGAGGGCGACUAUCUUUUAAAGGGGUACUCGAG